CGGUAUACUGGAAUUCCAAAUACCGGGGGGACUGGGGCUCCAAUGCUGCAGGAUACCGGAAUUCCAAAUACCAGGGGGCCUGGGGCUCAAUGUCCCGAUAUACUGGAAUUCUAAAUAUCGGGGGGACUGGGGCUCAGUGUCCCUAUAUACUGGAAUUCCAAAUACCGGGGGGACUGGGGCUCAGUGUCCCGAUAUACUGGAAUUCCAAAUACCGGGGGACUUGGGGCUCAGUGUCCCGGUAUACUGGAAUUCCAAAUACCGGGGGACUGGGGCUCUGUGUCCCGAUAUACUGGAAUUCCAAAUACCGGGUGGCCUGGGGCUCAGUGCCCCGGGAUACCGGAGCUCCAAACCCGGGCGGACGGAUGCCCCGCGCCCCGCGGUACCACAUCCCCCGUGCCCAGGGCACCGCCGCUCCGCGCCCAGGUGCCCGCCCGCUCCGGUGCCGCCCCGGUUGGGCGGAGCCGCCCCGGUCCCGCCCGUCCCGGCCCGGCCGAGCGGAGCUGCGGCGGCUGCGCGGCGGGGCCGCCAUGAGCGACGAGCGGCUGCGGGCGGUGCGCGACCGCGUCCGGCCCUUCCCGGACUUCCCGGAGCCCGGCGUGCUGUUCCGCGAUAUCAGCCCCUUGCUGAAGGAUCCUGUGGCCUUCAGGACUUUGAUUGAUCUUCUGGAGGAUCAUGUGAGGGCGUCUUUCCCGAAAAUCGACUUCAUUGUGGGGCUGGACUCCCGGGGGUUCCUCAUCGGGACCCCGCUGGCGCAGAGGCUGGGCAUCGGCUUCGUGCCCGUGCGGAAAAAGGGAAAACUGCCCGGAGCCACCGAGUCCAUCUCCUACAGCCUGGAAUACGGCAAGGCUGAGCUGGAAAUCCAGAGCGAUGCUCUGGAACCAGGACAGAAAGUGGUGGUUGUGGAUGACCUGCUGGCAACUGGAGGUACCAUGUGUGCUGCCUGCGAGCUGCUGAAGAGGCUGAAGGCUGAAAUCCUGGAGUGCCUGGUGAUCAUAGAGUUAAAAGCCCUGAAAGGGUCGGAAAAGCUGAAUUCCAUCCCUUUCUACUCCCUGCUGCAGUAUGACUGAGGAGCAGCAGGGAGGAGGGAGCACUGGGAACAAAUCUGGGGCUUUAUGUAGUGACUGGAUGUCACAGGGGGGUGGGGAAGGGGGUUAAACACAGGUUUUGAGCAUGGCCACAUGCUCUUCAAUCCUAAAUUUCCCAAGCACUGUGUUGAGUGUAAUGAUCCCUUUUGGAGUUCAUCCUUUUAGGAAGAAGGAACAGGCUGAUUGACUGGGGGGGGGAUGGAGACCAAGAUGCAGCUUCUCUGAAUCUGUGGUUUUAGGAGACCAAAGUGACAAUAUUGCUGCUGAGGCAGGAGAGCUCUGACAGGGCACCAGCAUUCCCUGGGCUGGGCUGUCAGCCUCCAAGGAACCUGCUAAAAAAUUCCCAAAGAAACACAGGAGAUGGGCAAAAAGCAAUUCUUUCUGUAAGGGACAAAUCCUGCUGUAUUUGACCUCAGGAUGGGCUGGCUGCUCUGUGCUGUCGCUCUCACCAGAACAAAUUGCUCUUACACCAGGACUGUGCUUGUUCAGGAGAAUGAAGUGCCUGCUGUGUCCUUAAAUCAGGAUGGUGGUGCUGUGGGAUGAGCCCAGCCGGGGUUUUCCUUCCCUGGAGACCACAGGCACCUUUUGUUCAGCAGGAAUUCCCCAUCUCCUGCACCACAUCCCACUCCUGUUGGGCUGCUCUGGGCCACCAGGCUGCUGCCAGCUCAGAGCCUGCCCUUGGUGGGAGUUUGGUGCCAGGUGAGGCCACAGGAGAGGUGGUGCAGUGGUCUCAGGUGGGUCAUGGAGCUUUGGAGAUGCUUCCUCCAGCACGGUUCAGUUUGGUCACAGCUAAAUCCCUGUGUGCCAAAGCUUCCACAAGCCUGAAACCAUCAGGGACUGUGUCCCUGGCCCAGCAGGGACUGGACUCACGGCUAAAAUAAAUAUUGAUGUAUUUUUAUAUUUCCUAA